CCUAAGCCCCAAAGAUAAAAAAGAUAUGUUUUUUCUCCUCCUAUUUUCUCCUCCCAUAGAAGAAGGAAGGAUGAUGCGAGCUCUCGACAUCCUUCCCUCCUCCAUCCCACCUCAGUUCCGGCGGCAGCUCCUCUACCCCUCACCUUCCCCUCCUUCUCUCUUCUUCUCAUACCCCACAAAACCCUAUUCGGCAAAAUCCCCACCCUCCUCCUUCCCGCGCCGAUCCACUGCCCUCCGCAGCAGCAUCAAUGGCGAGAAGCCCGACGAAUCCGUCUUCUUCGACGAGGAUGGCGUGAUCGGCGACAUGGACGGGUAUCUCAAUCACGUCUCUCUUGAAUACGACUCCGUUUGGGACACCAAACCCUACUGGUGCCAACCGUGGACGAUAGUGCUAACAGGAGCGAUUGUGACCCUGUCGAGUUGGUUAUGGCUCCACUCAGUUGUAAUCAGUAUUGGUAUUUUAUGUUUGGUAUCUGCAUGGUGGUACAUUUUCCUCUACGCCUACCCCAAGGCUUAUUCUAACAUGAUCGCUGAGCGAAGGAAAAACGUGAACAGUGGUGCUGAAGAUAGUUUUGGCUUCCCAAACAGUCAGUGAGUAUAACUGAAAUAUGUGUGGGUUUAUUUUUAGCCUUAUUACACUUUUAAGUCUUUUUAUGUAAAUUAAUUAUUUAUUAAGUAUGUAUUAGUGAAAUUGUUCAGUCCAUACAGCUUGGUCUGUAAGCAGGCAUGGCUAUU